GUUGGUUCAGUCUUUUCCUCCGCGCGCUUGCGGAGGUCGGCCGUUGUUUCGCCUGUGCCGCUGAGCCUGGCGGUUCCUGUAGGCGGGCUUCCCAGGCCUGGGCUGCGGGUGGCGCGUACGCAGCUGAGUCCCUGACGGAGCCGGCGCUUGGUGGUGCCCGCCGUCUGCCGGCCUACACGGAAAUUUGGUGAAAGCAAAGAACAAGUGAGAAUAACAAUUUUGAGACAGACUGGAAGAAGAUACCAGGAAUGGAUUCUCCAGACUACAUAACAGUAUCUGAUUCAGCUAUGGAAACUGAAAAUCAAAAUGAUAGCUCUUCCUCUGAUAGCAGCUUAUUUAAAACUCAAUGUGUUCCUUCCUCACCUAAACGGAGGCAAAGAAAUCCCAUUAGGAAAUGUGUUCAUUCACUUGAAAGUGUUCAAGCAAGAGAUUCAUCCAGUGACUCAUCUAUAGAACCAAGACCAUUGACUUUAAAAGCCAUUUUUGAAAGAUUCAAGAAAAAGAAACCAAAGAAACGUAAAAAGAGGAAAUAUAAGCCAACAGGAAGACCAAAGGGAAGACCAAAAGGAAGGAAAAACAGUAGGUCACAAAUAAGUAAGAAACAACUUAAAGUUAAAAGACCUCAGUUCCCAUUUAUAGAGUCAGAGAAUGGAAGAAAACCAAUACCUUGGAGAAAAAUUUUAACCUUUGAGCAAGCAGUGGCAAGAGGAUUUUUCAACUACCUUGAAAAACUGAAAUAUGAAUACCACCUUAAGGAAUCCUUAAAUCAGAUGAAUGUUGGUGAAGAUUUAGAAAAAGAAGACCUUGAUAGUCGUAGAUAUAAAUACUUGGAUGAUGAUGGAUCGAUCUCUCCUAUUGAAGAGUCAGCAGAAGAAGAUGAGGUUGCUACAAAUCUUGGACGUGAUGAUGAAUGUGAUAUCAAAUUGGUGGGUUUUAUCUUGAGAACACUAUCUGGAUUUAUGUCAACUCUUUAGGAGUGAAGAUUUUAACUUACUCGUGUAGAGGUAAGUGGAACAUUUAACUUCUUUUCAUUUAUUAAGGAUUCAAAGUUGUGAAGUAGAGUAAGUCCUCCCUUAACACUAUUGAUAGGUUCUGAAACUAUUAAGUGAUGUAAAAGGAAGCCAGUUUGACCACAGGCUAAAUGAUGAGAAGUUGCUGUGGCAUCUCAACUUGAUAAGGACACCUUGAACAAAAGGAUGUUAAGUUGAGGACUGCUGUACUGCAUUCCAUUACCCCUGUGACUAAUAGAUUAGGUAUAAAGCAGAAUUGUCAAUAUCUUGGUGAAAAUAUUUGCCAUAAUUGUAUUUAUAUACAAAAUUGGUGGUGGUGGUGGGGGGAGUUCAAGAGACUGCAUGUCUAGGGGUA